CAAGAGUAGGUGUGGAAAGAUAGGACACAUAAUUAGAAUGACUUAAAUUCUAUGAGCACCAAAAGUCAAAUGAAAGGAUGUUAAUAUUGAAUUUUUUUCUAGUUUCCUACGAUGGUGUUCAUUAUUUCUAACGCAUGCCUUAACUCCAUUUUCACAUUUUACUCUUUCUUCUCAUUACUUUUAAUGAGUUAUAUUUAAUACAUAAUUAAAUUCUGAUUUCACUGAUACCCAAUUAAAUUACUCAAAUAGAAGAAAAAAACAGUAUAAAAUGCUCACUUUCCUUGACUUUCCUCUUUGUCAAUAAUAUUAGUCUUAUUAACACCUCUGUCUCUCUCACACACAAAAAAAAAACCAUGGGAGAUGAUGAAGAAGAAGCAUGCAAGUGCAACACAAGACUCGGUUUAGGAAUCGGUGUGGAUGAGUUUACACUGCCUAAAUGCGACCGUGCUAAAAAAAAACAAAUUGUUUGCUUGGAGCUUUCGAUUCCUCCUCACAUGAAUCGAGAAGCAAUUGAUGCUGAUUACAGAAUUGAAGGAUCGAGUUCAAAGACAACCGAGCUAGACAAAUGCAACAUAGAGAAAAAAAAGUGUAAUGACAACAAUGACGAUAGUGAUAGCAAUAACAACAACAACAACAACAAUUGCAGCAGAAAGAAACUUAGGCUCACCAAGGAACAAUCCACCUUGCUUGAAGAAAGCUUCAAAUUUCAUAGUACCCUUAAUCCGACUCAAAAACAGACACUAGCUGAGAAGUUGAAUCUGUUGCCGAGGCAAGUUGAAGUGUGGUUUCAAAACAGAAGAGCAAGGACGAAGUUGAAGCAAACUGAGGUGGACUGCGAGUUCUUGAAGAAGUGUUGUGAAAGGUUAAGCGAUGAAAAUCGUAGGUUGAAGAAAGAGGUGGAAGAGUUGAAGCGAUCAUUGAAAUUAGAACAACAACAGAGACAAAAUUCGUUAUUUAUUCAGCUUCAAAAAGCAGCAACACUUACAAUGUGCCCAUCUUGCAAUAAAUUUACUAAAGUCGUUGCCGCUACUACUACCACCACUAUUAAUAGUACUGGUACUAUUAGUGCAAACAAUGAUAAUAAAGAAAAAGAAGCAGGAGCAGCAAUAGACGUGGUCACAUAAACCUAAUAAUAUAUAGCAAAGUGGCUUGGGUGGUGCCACUUAGCCAAACUUUCUUUUUUUUUCUUUUUUUUCUUUUUUGUCUUUUUAUAGUAAGUUUAGGUACUAAAACAAUAUUUAAAUUUUUAUUGAGAAAAAUAGUAUGUGGUCUAAAUUAUUGUAAGUAUGAAUCUCAUUGAAUUUGAAAUAUCUUAAUCACUUUG